UGGGAGCAGACAGAAUCCACUGCAACAUGAGACUCACUUGCUCCCUGAUAAUCCUGGGAGCCUUCUGUGUGACACCUUUCCUCUGUCAUAGCCAAAUUGAUCCACUAGCUCUUGGGCGAGCAGAUCCUCAGUGUUGGGAAUCCUCCUCAGCUGUCUUACUGGAGAUGAGGAAGCCUCGCAUUUCUGACUCUGUCAGUGGCUUUUGGGACUUCAUGAUCUUCCUGAAGUCAUCAGAGAACUUGAAACAUGGGGCUCUGUUCUGGGACCUGGCUCAGCUCUUCUGGGAUAUCUACGUGGACUGUGUGCUCUCCAGAACCCAUGGCCUAGGGAGGAGGCAGCUAGCAGAAGCUGAACAGAUCGCAACUCUACAUUCUCAGUUCACAAGGAGAAACCAAGGGAUAUUUUCUCAUAUUCAGAGGUCACUGAAGAAGAAAGACUCAUUUGAAGAUUUAACAAGUAUCCACAUGCAUAGAAGUAACUCUAGAUUGCUUGGAAGAAUCAUUGGAGAGCUAGGGAAAAAGAGGAAAUUGCACACUUAG